UCAGUACAAAGUUUAGACAGGAAAUGAACCAGUCAGAAAACUUCUUUAAAGUUGAUCAAACAUGGGUGGUCUGAAUGAGGAAGUCAAGAGGGUUCAACACUUUCAUGGCAUACUGAGACAUACAGUGGGUGUAACAUUUCAAUAUUAGUCAUGUUUCUUUUGGAGUUUCUGUUUCUUUGCAAAAGAAUGAGGAUGUGGAGCCUUGUCAACCUGCUGGUUACCCUGUGCAUUUCUCUGAGCUGUGUGAGCAGUGCAGCAGAGUUGAACCAUUUGUUCGGAUAUGAAGGGAGAGACGUUAAUGUUGCUUGUCCCUAUGGAGAGGGAUAUGAGUCUUAUGAGAAGUACCUGUGCAGGAAUGCCUGUGGCAGCGAUGAUGUUCUCAUUACAACGUCAGGAGCAGCAAAGAACAAAUACUCUAUCCACGAUGACCAAAAGAAACGAGUCUUCACAGCGACCAUCUCUGAUCUUAAGUUUAUGGAUGCUGGCAAAUACUGGUGUGGGGUGACUAAAACUGGUUAUGAUAUCUACCCUGCUGAAGUAAAAGUGGAAGUUAAACAAGACACCUGCUGUGACCGAUCCACCAAAGUCCAAGGUUAUGAGACAGGUUCAGUGUCCUUAAGUUGUCCGUAUGAGUCUGAGUACCUGAACAAUAUAAAGUACAUCUGCAGAGGAAACCAGCCCUCCACAUGUCUGCAGCAGGCUUUAAUCACCUCUGACCACAAACGAAACAGACAGUUCACACUGACUGAUGAUACAGCUUCAAGGAAAUUCACAGUGACUAUCACUGGUGUGACCCAAAGGGAUUCUGGGUCGUACCUUUGUGGUGUCCAUAGAAACACUGGCCUGGAUGUUUUCUCUGCUGUUGAGCUGGAAGUCAAUGAGUGGUGCUGUGUGAAAACAAGCAAACUGAGCGGCAUUGUAGGACAUCCAGUAACCAUGCAGUGUCCCUAUCCACCACAACACAAGAAUAACAGGAAGUUCCUCUGUAAGGGAGACCAUCACAUCAGCUGUACAGACAUGGUGACGAGUCAAACCAGGUUCACGCUGCAAGAUGACGUCUCUUCCAGCUCUUUCUUGGUGAUGAUCACAGAGCUGAAAGCAGGUGAUGCUGGGACAUACUGGUGUGGUUCAGACUCACAGUGGACUACUGCUAACUACACCAAGAUUCAUCUGUCAGUAGACACACCACAGACCAACAGUGUGACGUCAACCAUCACUGUGGAGGAAUCUGCCAGAUCGCCAUCAAUGCAUAUCCCUGGCAAAGAUGUCAUGGAUGCAACCCUCUUUCACUCUGUGGUUUUCAUUGUGCCCGCUGUGCUGCUCAUACUGGUGAUUGCUCUGGUUGUAGUUUAUAAAUACAAAUGUCACAAAGUGCGAGGAGAUGAAGCUGUCAUCAUGAACAGAAACAAAACCAAGGCAGCAGAGGCAGAGGACGUGAUCGAUCUCCCAGAUAUUUAUGAAAAUCAGGAAGUUGUUGUGCGCUCAGAGCACGGGACCUCCAAAGCGCAGAAGAUCUGUGAUGAUGUAGGUGAAGAUGAACAAGAUUCUGUGUACCAAAACUUCUCCACAACAGAUGAUAUCUACUGUAACCAAAUUUACAUUAAAGCCAAGAGAUGAACAGCAUGCACAUCUUUAAUCAAACCUUGCAUUUUAGGUCUCCUUGUGCCUAAAUUAUCCUGUUUGUUUUGUCUCAAUUAACAGCUGACCAACACAUAUUCACAUAACUGUGGUCCAACCUUUUUAUUGUCAGACUGGAAAUAAUAAUAAUAAUAAUAAUAUGAUUAUUUGCAGUUUUAUUUGCUUUUACCUUUUCACUCAUUAUGACUGCUUAUCAUUCAUUUAAUAAACUGUUGAACACACCUGCACUACUUGUAAGAAAUUAUCAAAAACCUUUUCAGCUAAAUAUAAAGUACAUAUGUAGCUUGCAGCCUGGCAAGAUGGAUUCUUGCAUGAUUUCUUGAUCUUGUGAGUCCAGCUGCAUGGCAAGGUUAAUCAUGGUUAGUUUGGCUGUAUUGAAAGAUGUUGGUUGAAUUAUGGGAAAUGAAAGAUCUAGCAUAUUUUGCUUAUAACCUUGAUUUAUACUUGGGACUAAAAGAGAGAAUAUCUGUUCCUCUUCUACUUUAAUCUUAACUGUGCUUUUUUCUAAACCCUUCUCUUUGAUGUCCAACUUUAUGGAAGCGAAAUGCAAAAUUGUUGAAUUGCCCUUUUAAAGGACCAGUGUGUAAGAUUCAGUGGCAUCUAGUGGGGUAGUUGCAGAUUGCAACCAACUAUACCCCUCACCUUCCAAACAUGUAGGAGAAACUAUGGUGGCUGUGAAACUCGUGAAAAAUGCAAACAAGCCCUUGGGUUUGUCCGUUCUGGGCUACUGUAGAAACAUGGAGGAGUCCGUAGAACAGGACCCGCUCCCUCUGUAGAUAUAAAAUGCUGAUUCUAGGUAACAAAAACACAAAUAUUCUUAUUUUGAGGUGAUAAUACACUCAUGAAAACAUACCUAUAAAUAUUAUAGGUAUUUCUGCCAAUAGAUCCUCCUAAAUGUUACACACUGGACCUUUGAAAUAGUUUCAGUUUUCAAUAAAAUCAAGGAGUUAAAUCAUGUAAAAGUAUGCAUAAUACUGAAAUAACAGAAAGUAAAAAACUAAUGUUUCAUUGCUUUUAUGUACCCUGUUGAAAUGAAUAUAUAAUAAUAAAUAAAG